AUAAACAUUCAAUCAUGUUCAAGUUCACUUUAUUAUUAACACUCGCUUCUUUGGUCAUUGCCGACCAAACCAUUAGUAUUACUUCAUCCAAUGGCAUUUCUGGUAACGUGGUGAUCAUCAACAACAGGCUUGCUGUUGGUGACGGUAACAAUGAGUGGCUUUUGGCUGAGCCUUCUGGAUACCUUUCUCAAGGAGACCAAUAUGUUGCGUCCACUCCAACAGGUUUGGUUGUGGGUUCUCAAAGUGAAGCUUCCCGAGACUGGGGUAUCGAAGAUGGAAACCGUUUGAGAAGUGGUGUUAACCAGCCAAACUUUUACGUGUGUGCAUCUGAUGGAAUUAACUACUUAUCUGGUGUUGUUUGCUCUGAAGGCGAAACACAAACCCAAGUGACCUUACUUGUGGGAGAAUCAAGUGAUGCCAGUUCUGCUGCUCCAGCUUCUUCUGCUGCUCCAGAGUCUUCUGCUGCUCCAGAGUCUUCUGCUGCUCCAGAGUCUUCUGCUGCUCCAGAGGCUUCUGCUGCUCCAUCUAUCACUACUACUUACGAUGGUGGUGCUGGUAAAGCUGCUGUUGGUGUUGCCGGCUUUGCUGCUGCUGCUGCUUUGUUGUUUUAGGUAUAUAAUGACUAGAACGUAAUCCAAAAGUAUUCCCAAGUUGUUUGUAAUUGUUUGUAAUAAUUUCACAAAAGUAAUAGUAACUCUUCUAAUAUAGCACUCAUGUAAUUGCUGCAAAUAAAUAUCUAAUGGA